AUGUUGAUUCUGAGUAUGAAAUUAACAAUAGGAUAUACUAUGCUUUUACCAUCAUCCUAUGAAAUUUCUUUUACUUUAGGUAAUGCAAUUCCAUUGUAUGAUCCUUUAGGUAAUAUAAUUAACAAAAAGAUGAUAUAUGAUAUGAUUGAGCAACUUGUUAGGUUAAAUGGUGAGAAAUACAAUGAUGCUGAGGUUAAAGGUGUCUUUAUUCGUGUCUAUUAUAAAUCUAAGGAUUCCUUUAAACCAUUAGACUUUCCUAAUAUAUCAUAUGCAAAUCUAAUGGGUAUAAUUAGCAAUGUUAUUAUGAAUUCUGAUAUAGUAAGUGGUAAUCUACCCGAAGUGAAAUCACUUUUGUAUAAAAAGAGUCGUAUUCCCUCUUACAUAAGCUCAAUCAAAGGUAAUAAGAAAGGAUGUCAUCCUUUCAUUGUAUCCAAUCUAGAGACUGUAGUCGAAAAUAAUGUAAAUAUUCCUUAUGACGCGGGUUACUUAGUGGUGAAGCCUGGUGAUGAUCUUAGAAACCUACCUUCAUAUUCGAUUCAAACCUUUUUAAGUGAAAAUCACAUAAAUUUCUAUCCUAUCUUUGAAGAAAGGAGUGAGAAAAUGUUCUUUGAAUUUUUCUCUAAUUUGGAAGAAUGUGUGAAAAAUAGUAGUCUUCGUCUUAGAACUGUUUAUUUCAAUAAUUUAGGCCGGUUUGAUGGGAUUUUCCUUCUGAAGUAUUAUGUAAAUCGUCGUGAUAAAUAUAAAAUCAAACCAUUGUUGAGGAAUCAUAAGAAUUACGAGUUGAAAGUCUAUCUUGGUGAUCGGUUCUUAGUUCGUUUCAGAGAUUCAUUAACAUUAAUGCCUAGCUCUCUUGAAAAAUUGGGAAAAACAUUAUGCCCUGAAUCAGGAUCCAAAGAAUCUAUUCCACAUGAGAAAUUGUCUUCGUCUAAUCUUCUAUUGAAUAGUGUGGAUUUGAUAAACUAUCUUCGCUAUGCUAUCCUUAUCUUAGGUGGUGUGAUGUUGAAGGCUCAAGAAAUUAAUUGGUCUAAAUACUGUAUUGAUAUCGAGGAUGUGAUGACAUUAUCAUCGCUUUCACUCAAAAUCAUUCGUAAUAAUUUCUUUGAUGAUAAUACCUUUCAUAUCAAUAUACCUAAUAGAAACCAAGAUAUUUUUAUUAGGCGUAGCUAUUAUGGUGGUCAUGUUGAUGUCUAUAAGCCCUAUGGUGAGAAUCUUUACUAUUAUGAUGUGAACUCUUUAUAUCCAUUUAUUAUCAAAUCCUAUCCUAUUCCUUGUGCUAUACCAGUUUGGAAGAAGAAUUUGAAGAGCGUUGGAUUGGAUAGCUUGGUUGGCUUUAUUGACGCCUGUGUUGUAUGUCCUACUAAUAUAUCACGUCCAUUCUUUCCCUAUAAAGAUCAAUCUGAGUUGAAGUUUGCGCGUGAUUUAUGUUAUUGUGUAAUUCCUCUUAGGGGUUAUUUGUUUGAGAAGAAGUCAAGUCCUUUCGAAGGUUGCAUCUCAAACCUCUAUAAAAGCAGACUCGAAGCCCAGAAAGCUAGUGAUGAAGCUAUGACAUUUAUUUAUAAGAUUCUAAUGAACUCCCUCUAUGGUAGAUUGGGUAUGAAUCCUGAAAGUACAGUGACAGAGAUCUACAAUCAAAAGAAAUAUGAAGAAUUGAUGAAGAUGGAUAAUUUUCAAUCUACAGAUAUGCUUUCCGAUCAUUGCUAUAUAGAAUAG